AUGACUUCGCCAAAAAUUCAAAAGGAUAUUGUGAGUGCUUGUGCACAAGAGACCGUGAAAGCUAUAAUUGAUGACUUGGAUGGAGAUUAUUUUGGGAUAUUAGCUGAUGAGUCCAAGGAUAUUUCACACCAUGAACAAAUGGCCCUUGCUUUGCGGUAUGUUGACAAAAAAGGCCAAGUGAACGAGCCAUUUAUUAGUCUUGUUCGUGUUAGUGAUACAUCUGCAAAGUCGUUGAAAGAAGCAGUACUUUCUUUGCUAAUGAAACACUCAUUAAGUCCAUCCAAAAUACGUGGACAAGGCUAUGAUGGGGCUACUGUUGCUAAAAAACACAAGGAGGUUGAGACUUUCUUUGCUAUUGUUACUAACGUGUUGAAUAUAAUUGGAGUUUCUUUUAAGCGUAGAGAUCAACUUCGGGAUCAUCAAGCAGAAUUGUUGGAGCAAUUGUUAGAGAGUGGUGAAGUUCAAAGUGGCAAAGGAUUAAAUCAAGAGCAGGGGCUUCAAAGGCCAGGUGACACUCGAUGGGGAUCACAUUGUAAAAUAUUGGAUAACUUUGUUAUUUUAGUUUCUUCUAUUGUUCAUGUGCUUGGGGUGAUUGAAUGUGAAGGUGAUGUUAAUGAUAGGUUGCAAGCAGAAGUUUUUUCUAGUAAAAUUAAAGAAUUUGAAUUUGUGUUCUUGCUUCACUUAAUGUUGAAAGUAUUAAUAAUGUCAAACGAGUUGAGCAAAGCAUUACAGACGAAAGAUCAAGAUAUUGUCAAUGCCAUGGUAUUUCUUGAUAUCACAAAGGAAAGGUUGCAAGGAAUGAGAGAUAAAGGAUGGGAACCAUUGAUGGAUGAAGUAUAUUUAUUUUGUGCAAAACAUGAUAUUUUGGUGCCCAAGAUGGAAGAAUUCUAUAUUCCUGGAAAGUCGAAGCAUAGGCCUUCUAGUGUUACUUAUUCACAUCACUUACGUGUUGAGCUUUUUUAUGCCGUGAUUGAUUUGCAACUUCUGGAGCUUAAUAGUCGUUUUGAUGUUGUGAGUAGUAACUUGCUUCUUGGUAUGGCUAGCUUGAAUCCGGCUAACUCAUUUGCUAAUUUUGAUAAGGAAAGAAUAAUGACAUUGGCCAAGCAUUAUCCCGAUGAGUUUGGUGAAUUGAAGCUUCGAGAUCUUAGUCGCCAACUUGACACUUUCAUAUGGCAUAUGCAACAUGGUGACCCUAGGUUCUCUGAUUUGAAAGGAAUUGGUGAUUUGGCGAAAGCAUUGGUUGAAACAAAUCUUGUGGAGACUUAUUCACUUAUUUAUUUGUUUGUGAAGUUGACUUUAAUUUUACCUGUCGCAACUGCAACGGUGGAAAGAGCAUUCUCAUCUAUGAAGUACAUCAAAGAUGAACUGCGUAGUAGUAUUGGUGAUGCAUUUCUAAAUGAAAGUUUAGUUUGUUACUUUGAGAAGGAAGUGUUUGUAAAUAUAAGCAAUGAUGCUAUUAUUGACCGUUUUCAAAAUAUGAAAACGCGUCGAGUUCAACUAUGA